CAACCCAUUUCCGCGUUUCAUGCUAAUGAAUGGUUUGAAAAACCAGCGGAACAGUUGCCAGUAAAAUAUGCAGGAUAUUCAACAUGUUUCCGUAAAGAAGCAGGAGCACAUGGUAAAGACACAUGGGGAAUUUAUCGCGUGCAUCAAUUUGAAAAAGUCGAACAAUUUAUUAUUGCAGAUCCCGAAAAAUCAUGGGAACAAUUUGAUGAAAUGAUGAAUUGUUCUGAAGAAUUUUAUCAAUCACUUAACAUACCAUAUCAAAUAGUUGCAAUAGUUUCUGGAGCGUUAAAUAAUGCAGCAGCAAAGAAAUAUGAUUUAGAAGCAUGGUUUCCUUUUCAAGGGGAAUAUAAGGAAUUAGUUAGUUGUUCCAAUUGUACAGAUUAUCAAUCUCGUAGAUUAGAAAUUAGAUGUGGAAUGAAGAAAAUGGGAGAUCGUGAAAAGAAAUAUGUACACUGUUUAAAUGCUACAUUAUGUGCUACUGAAAGAGCUUUAUGCUGUAUUUUGGAAAACUAUCAAACACCCGAG